UGGCUGGCUGGCUGGCAGCUCUGCUGAUCCGAUCGUAGCCCGUAUGUGGCGUUGGCCAACGACGGCCUGCUCUCGCCUAGGCAUACUAACGGCUAACCGUUUAUUUGAAUCCUCAAGUGGUUUAACAACGCUCGUGACCUCAUCGUCUGCCAACAACAACAAGAACACCACCACCAACAACACCAACAACAACAACAUAAACAACAAAAAACUACUCAUCUCUGCCCAGAACCGUUUCCGUUGCAUCCCGCACCGCACCCCCUCUCACCCUCUCUGUAGCUGUGCUUCCUCAGCUGACUAGACAGCUCUAAAAAUCCUGUACGACAUUCAACUGAGCUGUAGCAGCCAGGAACAGCUUUGGGGGGCGGGCACACAGCAGCAGUGCUGCUAACGCCCACACAGCUAACAAAGGCCCCAGUAGAAAGAACGAGGCGUGGACACAACCCAGUUGCAUGCUGCACGGUUGGCAACAGGACGAGCGACGAGUCGAAGACAGGAGGUUUAGCAAAUAAUCAAACAUGGAUGUGGAAAGGCGGCGUCGAGCGACGGCGCUGGAGCGCGAGAUGCGCGAUCCGACCAGCAUAUGCAACGUGGACUGCCUGCUGGAUACGGUAUCGGCACUGGUUAGCGAUUGCGAGCACGAUUCGCUUAAGCGUCUCAAGAACAUUGAGCAAUAUGCAUAUAAAUAUAAGCCGCUGGCGCAGCGAAUCAAUCAGCUGCGGAUGAAUGUGGAUGAUUUUGAUUUCAUUAAGCUAAUCGGAGCCGGCGCCUUUGGUGAGGUGCAGCUGGUGCGGCACAAGUCUUCCAGCCAAGUGUAUGCCAUGAAGCGUCUAUCCAAAUUCGAGAUGAUGAAACGACCAGAUUCCGCCUUCUUUUGGGAGGAGCGUCACAUAAUGGCACAUGCGAACUCCGAGUGGAUUGUUCAAUUGCAUUUCGCAUUCCAGGAUAGCAAAUAUCUUUACAUGGUGAUGGAUUUUAUGCCUGGCGGUGAUAUUGUUUCGCUAAUGGGCGAUUAUGAGAUACCAGAGAAAUGGGCCAUAUUCUAUACGAUGGAGGUGGUGCUGGCACUGGACACCAUACACAACAUGGGCUUUGUGCAUCGGGACGUCAAGCCGGACAACAUGCUGUUGGACAGCUAUGGCCAUCUGAAGCUAGCCGAUUUCGGCACCUGCAUGCGCAUGGGCGCCAACGGACAGGUGGUGUCCAGCAAUGCUGUCGGCACACCGGACUACAUCAGUCCCGAGGUGCUGCAAUCGCAGGGUGUCGACAAUGAAUAUGGUCGCGAAUGUGACUGGUGGUCGGUGGGCAUAUUUCUGUAUGAGAUGCUGUUCGGUGAGACGCCCUUCUAUGCGGACUCGCUGGUGGGCACCUAUGGCAAAAUAAUGGAUCACAAGAAUUCGCUCAGCUUUCCCGCCGAGGUGGAGAUCAGUGAGCAAGCCAAGGCGCUGAUUCGAGCCUUCCUCACCGAUCGCACACAGCGCCUGGGUCGCUUUGGCAUUGAGGACAUUAAGGCGCAUCCGUUUUUCCGCAACGACACCUGGUCCUUUGACAAUAUACGCGAGAGUGUACCGCCAGUGGUGCCGGAGCUGGCAUCCGACGAUGAUACGCGCAAUUUCGAAGAUAUUGAGCGCGAUGAGAAGACGGAGGAGGUGUUCCCGGUGCCCAAGAGUUUCGAUGGCAAUCAUUUGCCAUUCAUUGGCUUCACCUACACGGGCGACUAUCAGCUGCUCUCCAGCGAUACCGUCGACGCCGAGUCCAAGGCAUCGCAAUCGGUCAACAGCAGCAGCAGCAAUGCCAACAACAAUCACGGCCACAAUCAUCGCCAUCGCCCCUCAAAUUCCAAUGAGCUGAAACGGCUGGAGGCGCUGCUGGAACGCGAACGCGGACGUGCCGAGGCACUGGAACAGCAGGACACGAGUCUGCGGCAGCAGAUCGAGUUGAGCACAAAGCGGGAGGCCGAACUGCAGCGCAUUGCCAGCGAAUACGAGAAGGAUCUGGCGCUGAGGCAGCACAACUACAAGGUGGCCAUGCAGAAGGUCGAGGUGGAGAUCGAGCUGCGUAAGAAGGCCGAGGCCCAAAUGGCGGACACGCAGCGCAAGCUGGAGAAUGAGCUAAAGACGCGUACGCGUGAUCUGAACAUCAAUGAGAAGGUGCUCACCCUGGAGAAGCAGCUGCAUGACAUGGAGCUGAGCUUUAAAACCGAAACGGAGCAAACGCAAAAGCUGAAGAAACAAAAUGCCGAGCUGGGAUUCACGCUGAAGACGCACGAAGAGAAGGUGCGCGACAUGGUCGAGAUGAUCGAUACACUGCAGAAGCACAAGGAGGAGCUCGGCCAGGAGAAUGCCGAACUGCAGGCGCACGUUGUGCAGGAGAAGAAUCAGCGAUCACAGCUCAAGGAGCUGCACAAGGAGGCCGAGAAUAAAAUGCAAACGUUAGCCAACGAUCUGGAACGAUCGCUGACACGUGAGCAAAAGGUGCAGGAGGACAAUCGAUCGCUGCUGGAGAAGAUUAGCGAACUGGAGAAGACGCACGCCAGUCUCGACUUUGAGCUAAAGGCGGCACAGGGACGCUACCAGCAGGAGGUUAAGGCGCACCAGGAGACGGAAAAGUCACGUCUGGUGUCGCGCGAGGAGGCCAAUCUGCAAGAGGUUAAGGCGCUCCAGUCCAAGCUCAACGAGGAGAAAUCCGCCCGCAUCAAGGCCGAUCAGAAUUCGCAGGAGAAGGAGCGACAGCUGAGCAUGCUGUCGGUGGACUAUCGACAGAUCCAGUUGCGUCUGCAGAAGCUCGAAGGUGAAUGCCGUCAGGAAUCGGAAAAGGUGGCCGCACUGCAGUCCCAGCUGGAACAGGAGCACACCAAACGCAACUCGCUGCUCUCGGAGCUGAGUCUGCAUAGCUCUGAGGUGGCGCACCUGCGCUCGCGCGAGAAUCAACUGCAAAAGGAGCUGGCCGCACAGCGCGAGGCGAAGCGUCGUUUCGAGGAGGAUCUGACACAGCUGAAGGGCACCCAUCACGAGGCGCUGGCCAACAAUCGGGAACUGCAGGCGCAGCUCGAGGCAGAGCAGUGUUUCUCGCGCCUCUACAAGACGCAGGCCAACGAGAAUCGCGAGGAGAGCGCCGAACGUCUGUCCAAGAUCGAGGAUCUUGAGGAGGAGCGCAUCUCGCUCAAGCAUCAAGUCCAGGUGGCUGUGGCACGCGCCGAUUCCGAGGCACUUGCCCGCUCCAUAGCCGAGGAGACGGUCGCCGAUCUCGAGAAGGAGAAAACGAUUAAGGAGCUCGAACUGAAGGACUUCAUCAUGAAGCAUCGCAACGAGAUCAAUGCCAAGGAGGCAACGUUAGCCACGCUCAAGGAAACGGAAGCCGAUCUCCACAAAAAACUGAAGCUCAAAUGCAACGAGUGCGACGAUCAGCUGGUGCAGCACAAGAAACAGCUCGACGAGCUGCAGCAACAGCGCACCACCAAGGAUGAGGAGAUCGUCAAGCUAACCGAGAAGUGCAAGAACGAGGUGCUCCUCAAACAGGUGGCCGUCGCCAAAUUGGCCGAAGUGAUGAAUCGUCGCGAUUCCGACCUGCAAAAGCAAAAGAGCAAAGCCCGUUCGACGGCUGAGCUGCGCAAGAAGGAGAAGGAGAUGCGUCGGUUGCAGCAGGAGCUGUCGCAAGAGCGCGAAAAGUUCAACCAGAUGCUACUCAAGUGUCAGGAUCUGCAGCAGCAGGCCGUCGAGGAUCAGCAGCUCAAGCAGAAGAUGAACAUGGAGAUUGACUGCAAGGCAACCGAAAUUGAGCAUCUUCAGAGCAAACUCAAUGAGACAGCUUCGCUUUCAUCCGCCGAUAAUGAUCCCGAGGAUAGUCAGCACUCCUCUCUGCUCUCACUUACACAGGACUCGGUCUUCGAAGGCGUCCUAUCCGUUCCAAAUAAGCAGAAAAGCCGUCGCGGCCAAAGCUGGAAGCGUCAAUAUGUGAUCGUCUCGUCGCGCAAAAUCAUCUUUUACAAUUCGGAGAUCGACAAGAAUAAUACAACCGAUCCCGUUCUCAUACUCGAUCUGAGCAAAGUGUAUCACGUGCGCAGUGUUACCCAAGGCGAUGUCAUACGCGCCGAUGCCAAAGAGAUUCCGCGCAUCUUCCAGCUGCUGUACGCCGGCGAGGGCGCCUCCCAUCGUCCCGAUGAGCAGCUCGAUGCGACGCUGCAUGUCAGCAGCAAUGAGGAGCGACCUGGCACCAUAACACACAAGGGUCAUGAGUUUGUGCACAUUACGUACCAUACGCCAACGUUCUGUGAUUUAUGCUCCAAGCCGCUGUGGCAACUGUUUAAGCCGCCGGCGGCCUACGAAUGCAAGAGAUGCCGCAAUAAGAUACAUAAGGAGCACGUCGAGAAGCAUGAUCCACUGGCGCCCUGCAAGUUGCACCACGAUCCUCGCAGCGCACGUGAUAUGCUGCUGCUGGCCGACUCGCCCGAGCAGCAAUCGUUGUGGGUGGCGCGACUAUUGAAGCGUAUCCAAAAGAGUGGAUACAAGGCGAACUCAUCCAACAACAACAGCACCGAUGGCAGCAAGAUAUCGCCCAGCCAAUCGACACGUUCCGCUUACAAGCCAUACGCGGCGAAUGUGCAACGCUCCGCCACGCUGCCGGCCAACUCUUCGUUGAAACAAUGAAGAUGACGAGCGAAACGAGAGAAACGAGUUGAGAUGUGGCACAUAUGUUAUAGAAUUGUGGAGGCAUGUGGAGGCGUUGCACCGGAAAAAAAAAUGAGAAUAUGUAGAAUGGGAAUAUGGAGAGAAAAACAAGUUGUCUUCUAACGAUAUAUAUUUAGACUGCUUUAACAAGAAGAUUGUAUCUAAUGUUUAUACUUACCAACUACUUAUAACAAAAAUAUUUACUUAAUUUAACGCUAUACAUGCAUACUACUAUCCUACCUAUUUACCAUAUAUACCUACCUAUAUACACAUAUAUUUUUUGAUUGAUUUACAAACUACAACUGCAGCUAUAUAAAUGUCAAGUUGGCCUUUUACUUCCAAUUUGUGAAACUCGUUAAAACCGCUUUAUUAACA